AUGAGAAUAACACGAAUUGUUUUCGUGUUUGCCCUGGCUGCUGCUUGUGUUCCUGCCCUCUGUGGCGAAGAGGAACCUCCGGUCCUCCACCUCGAGGCUCCUGCUGAAAGUCAGUCCCGCUUUGUUGCUUUGGAUGACGUGUAUCUCCCGGCAAAUGGCCUCCUCCAAAUGGGUCAGAGCCUGCGGCAGUUUGCACAGAAAACAAAGGGACAGAUAAAUGAUAUCUUCCAAAAACUCAACAUUUUCAAUCGCUCUUUCAGCCAGCUGUCAGUGCUGGCCAGCGAAAUCAAGGUGACAGAAGAAGAACUGAAGAGUACUGCUACUGUGUUAAUGGCCAACAAUGAAGAACUCAGGGGCUUUUCUGAAGAGAUCAGCUCCAAGAUGAACAGCAUCCUGCAAGAGAAAAGUCAACUGCAGAAUAAAGUGGAGGGCCUCGAGGAGAAGCUGAGCAGUCUGUCACUUGGCCUUGUGCCGAGUGAACGAGCAGCAGAGAUCAAUAGCCUUAGGGAGGUGAUCCAGAGCCAGGAGCAAAGCAUUACACAGCUGCUGAAGGCCGUGAGGGAACUAAGUGACCAGCUCAUCUACCAGAGGACAAAGAUCAAUAUUCUAGAGGAAAAGCUGACAGCCAACAUGUUAGCUAGCCCAGGAGACCAUUGAGAAGAUGCCAGAAACCU